AUGUCGCAAGAUUGCCCAACGCUUAAAAUAAAGGACGGUAAACUCAAAGGAUUCAUGAGCCAGGCAGACGAUCCUUCAGCAGUUCCGGUUUACAAUUAUCUAAAUAUACCAUUCGGGAAACCCCCAACAGGGAAAAGAAGAUUUCUAGCUCCGGAAAAAUCCGAACCAUGGGACGGAAUAUUAGACGCCACGAAGCCUACCCAUCAUCCACCACAAGACAACGAGAUAGGUCACAUGUACGCGGAUUAUCUUCCAAUGAAAGAUACCCUGGGUGCGCCAACUGAAAGACAAUCAGAAGAUUGCCUUCGACUGAAUGUUUUUACACCAUCAGUGGAAAAAUCAUCAAAACUGGCGGUUAUGGUAUGGAUAGUAGGAGGUGGCUACAUGCGAGGUAUGGCAGGAAUAUAUGACGGUGUUGCGUUAUCAGGAAUGAAUAACGUGGUCACCGUAUCACCGAACUACAGAGCAAACGCAUUAGGAUUUUUAUCGCUUGGAAAAAACAGCAAAGUACCAGGAAACAACGCUCUUAGAGAUAUUAUUCUUGCUUUGGAAUGGGUCCGAGACAAUAUAGAAUCUUUUGGUGGCAAUCCCAGCAACGUCACAAUAUUCGGUGAAAGUGCCGGAGGAGUGAUGACGGAAUUGUUGAUGAUGUCACCACUGUCCCGUGAUCUGAUUCACAAAGCGAUAUCAAUGAGCGGAUCCCCUCUUGCUCCAACUGUCUUCGGAGGAGGCGAGGCCACAAGAGAAGUCUUGCUUAAAGCACUUAACAUUAAUGCCAGCGAGCCCGACGCUAUAUUGGAAAAACUUCAAGAGGUUCCAGUGGAUGUUUUAAUCGAAGUACAGAAGAAAUUUUACGGCCCAUAUGCAUUCCAACCAAUUGUUGAUGGGCACGUUAUAACGGAUACACCAGAAAAUAUUUCAAGUACUGGACAGCGCCACAAAAUACCUUUUUUAACGGGGGUUUGUGACUCUGAAUGCGCCGGAAUUUUAGCUUUUGUACUGCCCCCGCGCUAUAUGGAAGGAAGUAGCAAAGAAGAAGUCAAAGCAGUAUUUGAGGAAGCUUUUAAAUUGAGACAUCCGAAUACUGCAUGUGAUAAAGUUGUGGAUCGACUCAUGGCUGCAUAUUCUGAUGUAGCGGCCGACAACGACAAAUACAAGUACAGUAGAGUAUACGCAGAAAUGGCGGGUGAUUCGAUUUUUGUUGUUCCAGCGAUUGUAUCGGCCACAGCACAUUCAGCUAUGCAGUGUCCAACUUACUUUUACUACAUCACAAAACCAAUUGAAUUCAACCAUUCGGAAUCGAACGGACCAGGAAUCAAAAACAAGUUGGAUUUUGUUAAAUGCGAUCACGCCGCUUGGCGAUGA